AUGUCCUCUCCGCAGCUCGAGUACACCUCCUUCCUCCUUGCCGCCUUGACGGCCGGCGGCGGCAUCAUGGGCUACGCCAAGACGCGCUCCGCCCCGUCCAUCAUCGCCGGCUGCUCCGUCGGCCUCCUCUACGGCCUCGGUGGCUACCGCAUCCAGAACCGCCAGCCCUACGGCAUUGAGCUGAGUCUCCUUGCCUCCGUUGUUCUCGGCGGCGCUUCCAUCCCCCGCGCUAUCCGCCUCAAGAAGCCCGUCCCCAUCCUCCUCAGUGUGCUGUCCACGUUCGGCGCAAUUACCUUUGGCAGCGCCUUCAAGAACGCUGCCUAA